AUGAUGAUCGCAAUGAAAAUAAACCAGUUCUUCAGCCAGUUAAAAUGUGUUGGAUUAAAGUUAACGAGAGAAUCUGACGUAAGUAGCGAUCUGGAAACUGGUUAUCCGGGUGACCUGGAGGCUUCUAGUGAUUUUGAGCACCUACAAGCUCGCCAUCGGUGGUCACGAAUUCUAGUUGCAUCGGAGAUUGAAGGGUCAAGUUAUUACGGAGGGACAGCAUUGAUGCUGCUGGUUAGUCAGAGAAAAAGUGAUCUUCAAAUCUGUGGUCUGCCCUGUUGUCAUAGUAAGUAG